GUCUUUUUUUAUAAACUCUCCUGCCUUCCACAUACGUCUCUGCCAUCCGGCCCUGCCCUGUCCACUCCACCAAACCACCAGAUCACCCGAGCCCAUGGCCGCCCCCUCACCAUCGUCGUCCGGCAGCAGCCGCCGUCUGUCGGAGCUCCUGGAGGAGCAGCAAGAGCCGUUCUCCCUUCACCUCUACCUCCUCGAGAAGGGCUGCUCCCUCACCACCCUGGACGCAGCCGGAGGCUGCGGUGUUGCCUCAUUAACCUGCUGGCCGAGGAGCAGAGACACCUCCCCGGCGCCGAGGCGGGUGACGGCCAGCAAGAGAACGACGGCGCGCGGCCUCCUGUCCAAGCUCCUCCGCAGCCCGGCGGCGCCUGCAUCCACGAAAAGAAAGAAGAGGCUGCGGUCGGCCGCCAUUGGCCCGUGCUCCGUCAAAGGCGAGAAGGCGGCGAGCAAAAUAAAGAACGCCGUCGAGGCGCACACGGCUGAAGCAGUGGACGACGAGGGAGGAAGCUACGACGACGACGACUCGUUAAAGCAGCUGAGCCCUGUGUCCGUCUUGGAGCGCCGGACAUUCGAGAAGCCGCCGCGGGCGUACGCCGAGAAGGCCGUCGUUGUCUUCAGCGAGCUCCUGGAGGCGGCACGCAAGCCCGCAUUGCUCCAGCGGAAGGUUGCCAUAGAUAGCAGCAAGUCCGACGAUGCCCUCACGGAGACUUCAGAACCGACGACGACGCCGACGGCGUACCCCGCACCGACUCUCACGAGAACUGACCGUGCUAGCAGCACUGCUGCACAUUUGGAGGAGAUGUUUGAGGCCAAGGGGCACGACCUCGUACCAUUGGACAUGCCCGGCGAGAGGGGGGAUGCCCGGCUGGGGCGGUGGGACGUCGGUGCCGAGCUAGCGGUUGCAGUGCUGGAAGCGCUGACGGAGGAGGUGGUGGUGGAGCUGAUGGUGAUGAAGAUGGUCCACCAUGAAGACGCCAAUGCCUUCGACGUGAAGCUGUGUUGGUUGCUACCGAACUGCUGAUGUUGUGGAUAUCUCAUUUGUCAUUAUAUGGGUUGAUGCUGGUCUUCUGAUUCUUUAAGACUAGUACUUUGCUAAUGUUGCUGUAAAUAAAUAUUUUCUAACCGGUUUUCAAG